AUGGCUUCUCCACCAGUAUCAAUCAUUUUCAUCUUCUUCUUCCUCAUCACUCUUAUCCCACUAAUCCACUCUGUUCCUUUCAUUGUUUUUCAUGGCAUUGGAGAUAAAUGCAGCAACCGAGGAGUCACACAAUUUACUGACCUCUUAAGCAACUGGUCUGGUUCUCAAGGAUACUGCAUAGAAAUUGGGGAUGGAUCGUGGGAUUCCUGGACUAUGCCCUUAUUGGAACAGACGACCAUUGCUUGUGAGAAGGUGAAAAAUAUAAGUGAAUUAAGUGAGGGUUACAACAUAGUUGGACUUUCUCAGGGUAACAUGGUUGGUCGAGGAGUAAUUGAAUUUUGUGAUGGGGGACCUCCUGUUAAGAAUUUUAUAUCACUAGCAGGUCCCCAUGCUGGUACUGCUUCUAUUCCAUUUUGUGGAUCCGAAUGGAUUUGUGUGCUUCUGGACAACUUAAUCAAGUCAGAGAUCUACAGCAGCUUUAUCCAGGAACAUUUGUCUCCAAGUGGUUAUGUUAAAAUCCCUACUGACAUUGCUGCCUAUUUAAAAGGGUGUAGGUUCCUUCCGAGGUUGAACAAUGAAAUAAAUAAUAUGAGAAAUUCCACUUAUAAGGAACGGUUUUCGAGCUUAGAGAAGUUGGUAUUAAUUAUGUUUGAGCAGGACACUAUAUUGAUACCCAAGGAGACCUCCUGGUUUGGAUAUUUCCCAGAUGGGGCCUUUGAUCCUAUUUUGCCCGCGCAAGAGACCCAGCUGUACACUGAAGACUGGAUUGGCUUGAAAACCUUGGAUGAAGCUGGAAAAGUUAAGUUCAUUAACGUGUCAGGGGGCCAUCUGCACAUCUCUCGAAGCGACAUGAAAAAGUAUGUUGUGCCAUACUUGGAAGACGAAGCCUCAAUGCAGCCCAAGAUAGCAGAGCCUUCAUCACAUAAAUCAUUUUCAUCCAUCUGGAACAACUUCCUGGAUCUUUUCGGGCUCACAGAGCAUCGGCAAUUGGUGCUGACUGUGGUUUAA